GGUCGCUGCCCGCGCCCGCGCCACGCUCUGCGCCAAGCCAAGAGGCCGGUCUCUCAUUUUACGGCGCAAGAGAGCAACGAGCGACGUGAAGCACGCUUCGCCCCACUCCUGCCUGACCCUUCACGUGCGCUCUCGCGCUACUUCUCACUCCGGCGGCCCCCUCUCGUGAGAUGCGUCCGGAUGACGCCGGGGAGCGACAGAGCGCGCUUGCUCUGCCGGCUUUAGGCUGACGCCAAGAGCGCGUGCGAGAUCUGCUCGUCAUCGUCCAUGCGCCUGCCCCGCAUUGGCCACGAUAAGGCAUGCCUCUUCUGCCUGCUGCAGGGGAUCAGAUGCGUCAGGGACGUGCGCGAGCGUCUCAAUGUGGAGAGCGCAGCUACAAUCUGCUGCCGGCUUGCUCUCGAUGAUCUCCGCACAAGCCAGGCUUCCCGCCGGUGCGGCAUGGCAGGUCGAUGCGCGCGCGUAUGCGAGUGUCUCCGGCGAGACUUUGGCGUGAGAGCAGCCGCGCGCGCUCGGGACGCCACCGCAUCGCCGCGAACUCUGCGCGCGCCUUGUGCGCUUGCAUCCGCAAGGCCAGAAGCGCGGCGUGGCGAUGUGCUGCAGCUCAUGAAUCGGCCCGACGCAGUCAUGAGGAGCCUCCCACGUCAUGUUAGAAGCAUCACCGUGCGCCACACGAGGGCUGGAAGCAGAGCCGUCACCUCGCCGCGGUGCUGCUCAGCGCGUCGCUGGCCGCGAUCAGCGAGCCGUGACUCGGCCCUGCAGUGGGGCACUUGCACGCUUCACUGGAGACAUCACAUUCCCCUUCAGCCGAUGUGAUGGCGCAGAUAUACGUCAGGGCUCAGGCAAUGCUCACGUCCUUGGCCGCGAGGGCUCAGCACUGCCUGGUCGACCUCGACUCCCGAGCGCAGAGCCGAGUUCCACCCAAGCAGGCUUCUCCCUUGUCUGCGGCACCACGAGCGCUCCAAG